AUGGAAACAUCAAUUUAUUGUUCAUAACACUCAGAAUAUAUAGUAGAAUACAUAUUCUUGAAUAAAAAAAAUAUCAAGUUUGGUUGUGUGGAGUGCAUUUCAGAUUUGUAAGAUGAAAAUUAGAAUGUUUGCUUCAAAAAUAUAUUGUUAUUACAUGAUGUAACUUAUCUUUAAUUUUUUAGAUUAAAUACAAUCCCUAAAGAUUAUUGUAAAAUAUUUAAAAUAUUGAAGACACAAAUUUUUAGUUUUUUAAUCGCUUUCAUUAUAAGAGUGUGGCUAGAAUAAAGACAACUUUCUAAAAUUGGGAAAACAAUUUGAGAAGUUUCUAAAAUCAGAUUGAUUAAUUUAUUCUUGAAUAAAGAGCAAUUUUUGAACACCUUAUUACUAACUAUAAUAAUACUAUUUAAGUUAUUUCAUAGGUAAGAAUGAUUUAACUUAGGAUAUCAAAAUUGAGGAAUUUUAAAAUCUCAUAAAAGAAUUUGGAACUGUUAAUGAUAAUUUACAAAGAGAUGUUGAAGAACAAAUACUAAAUAAAAUAAAUCAAUAUAUAGAAAAUCUAGAGAAAAAUAAUGCAAAAGAAUUAAAUGAUACAUUAAAACGAAUAAAAUAUUAGUACAUUAAACAAUCAGAAAAGUAAUUACAUAUGUUUAGCUUAGUUAAAAAUUCCCUGAUAUUUAAGAUUUAGAAAAUUCAUUUAUGCAAAUGAUUAAAUCAACAACUGAUUUAAAUAAAUAAAUUGAAAAGUCUUUCAAUCUUUUAAAUUAAAUGAAUUCUUCAUUAGUUUCUAAUAGCUAUUCUAAAUAUUUAAUAGAUCUUAUUUAAGAGAAAACAAAUAAAAAUAUUAAAGAAAUAAAACUGCUUUAUUUAGGAUCUAGAGAUGGGCUUAAUGGAUAAUCUUUGUGGAAUAAAAUUGAUGGUAAGGAGAAUUUGAUAUUUAUUUUUAAAUCAAAAAAUGCUGGAAAGAAUAUAUUCGGAUCAUAUAUCUAGUGUAAAAUGAUCUAAGAAUUAAAUAAUUGGUAAUCUGAUGAAACAAUGAGUUCAUUUAUUUUUUCUUACACUCAUAAUGAAAUAUAUCCUCUAAAAUAAGAUGAAAAGUAACAUGCUAUUCUUUGCUAACCAAUAAGCUAUGCUGUUUGGAUCGGAAUGAGUGGUAAUAUUGGAAUUUGUAAUGAUUUCAUUAAUGGAUAAUCUUAUUUAGGUUCUUCGUAUGAAUGGGAUAAAUUUGAAAACAAGCGAAGUUCCCAUUUGUUUGGAGGAGAUAAACCAAAUAUUGAAGAAUGUGAAGUCUACGAAUUAUUAAUAUGA